UCACUGUGUGACACACCACUCACUGUGUGACACACCACUCACUGUGACACACCACUCAUUGUGACACACCACUCACUGUGACUCACCACUCAUUGUGACCAGCUCAACGCUGCGAUGCCGGCUGAGGAGACGGUGUCGGCGAGGAAGCGAGACAUCGAGGAGAAGCUCAACCAGGAGCAGCAUGUGCUGAACUUCAUCCGAGAGAGCCUGGAUAAGAGCGAACAGCAAACCGCAAGCAUGGUGGGCAUCCUGUCGUCAUUCGAAUGCCGGCUGGCGCGGCUGGAGGACGCCAUCGUGCCGGUUUACCGGCAGACGGAGACCCUGCAGCGGCUGCAGGAGAACGUGGAGCGUACACUGGGCGCGCUACACCACGUGAUCGGCUACUACAGCGUGGCGCGCGACACCCAGCGCGUCGUCAAGGAGGGGCCGGCAGGACGUCUGGAGGAGUACUUGGAGUGCAUGGCGCGCAUACAGAACGCAGUCGAGUACUUCACAGAGAACAACCCAGACAGCCCUGAGCUUAACACUGUGAAGUCGCUGUUCGAGAACGGCAAGGAGUGGCUGGAGGGUGAGGCGCGCACAUUGCUGCAGCGGCACAGCAAGGCCGUGCCGCCCGUGCUGCUGCUGGACGCGCUGGCCCAGGACGAGGACGAGGCGGCCCAGGAGGGCGAGGCCUGCGCUACGGAGGGGACGGCCGACGUUCACAUCCAGCAGCUGCCGGAGCGCGCGCUCGCCGACCUUGUGCGCAUCUCCCAUUGGCUGGUGGAGAGCGGCCGCAGCCACGACCUCAUGACUGUCUACUACCAGCUACGCUCGGGCCAGAUGCUUCGUUCCCUGCAAGGCCUCAAGGAGCACCUGCGACGGAGCCACCACGCGGCCGCUGGGCACUCGCCGGCCGUGGGGGCCCGCAGGACCAACACCCCCACCAAGCGGCCCCCCGCCUCCACUGGCAAGCGCACCGCCUAUAUCCCAGGCACUCUGCGUAAAGCCCAGAACCUUCUCAAACAGUACGCCCAGCAGGAGGCAAGGAAGGGCUGCUCCAACCUCUCUCCCAUGGAAGGCAGUGUGGAGGCUUGGGACGUGGAGAUCGACGCCUACAUCCUGUGUGUGUCGGCCUUCGUGAAGUUGGCUCACAGCGAGUACCAGCUGCUCACCCAGAUCAUUCCUGACUUCCACCACAAGAAGACUUUCGACUCUCUAAUACAGGAGUCCCUGGAUAGCCUGGUGGCAGAGGGGGAUGGGGUGGUGGCAGCAGCGCGCCGUGCUGUGAUGCGGCACGACUACUCGGCCGUCCUGUCCGUGCUACCUGUGCUGCGCCACCUCAAAGCCUGCAAGCCCCAGUUCGACAUCGUGCUGCAGGGCACAGCUGCUCCUACUAAGAAUAAACUGCCCACGCUCAUCUCGGCCAUGGAGACAACUGGGGCCAAGGCUCUCGAGGAGUUUGCAGACAGCAUCAAGAAUGACCCGGACAAAGAGUACAACAUGCCGAAAGAUGGGACGGUGCAUGAGCUCACAAGCAACGCCAUUUUGUUCCUACAACAGUUGCUGGAUUUUCAGGAGACAGCAGCGGCCAUGCUGGCCUCUCAAGUGUUGGGAGACACUUACAAUAUUCCCCUGGAGCCUCGUGACAGCAGCACCCUAAGUCACAGUUCCGAAUUCAGCCGAAAACUUCUGAGCACCUACGUGUCACGGGUUCUGGGGAACCUUCAGGGUAACCUGCUGAGUAAGUGUCGCGUGUAUGAGGACCCAGCACUGGGCUGUAUAUUCCUGCUCAACAACUACAACUACACCCUCAAGGCCUUGCAACGGUCAGAGUUGUUGCAGCUCGUGGAAGUGACGCAACCGAAUCUGGAGCGCACGUACGAAGAGCUCAUCGACAGUCAGCUGCAGAGCUAUCGGCGCAGCUGGAUGAAGGUUUUGGAGAGUAUUUCCGAUCGGAACAUGCCUGUCCUCACCCCUGGCACAAAGCUGAAGGAUAAGGAGCGUCAGGUCAUCAAGGAUCGUUUCAAGGGCUUUAACGAGGGCCUGGAGGAGCUGUGCCGGGUGCAGAAGUGCUGGGCAGUGCCGGAGCGAGAGCUCAGGGAGCGACUGCGCCAGGAAGGCAAGAAGAUGCUGCUGAACAGCUAUCGUGUGUUCGUGGACAGGUAUGGCAGCGUCCCCUUCACGAAGAACCCCGGCAAGUACGUGCGCUUCCGCUCUGAGCAGGUGGCCGAGAUGAUCGAUCGUCUCUUUGACACGUCGGCCUGAAGACGUUGCGCGUCAUCGUCGUCGUGACGCCGCGGAUUUCUGUGUGCGUGUGUGUCGGCGGAGAUCCAUGUGACUAGACCUGAUACUAAUUCACAAUUGAUUCCGGGAGUUACGCCACGUGCUAUCAAAAAUAUCAGUUAUGGGCCGUUUUUCUGUUACAAUAUUCAAUGUAGUUGCAUGGUCGUUUGAGCUGGUAUGAGAAUAAAAGCUUUGUAACCAAA